AUGAUGUCUCAGUCGACAGUGGUUCGGAAUGUACCACAACAAGAUUUGAUGAAUGAAUUGAAAUUCUUUGUGAAAGGUGCUACAAGAAAAGAAAAAUGCAGUGCUUUAGAUUUAACAAAAUCUGCAUUAACCCUUUUGAAGCAUGUUCCCGCCUCUAGGGUUGCUGUAUUUGAAUAUUUCUGCAAAGUUUUUGAUGGUGCUGCUUUGAACUACAUUCAAGGAAUAGAGGCAGAGAUUAAAACGGGCAAAUUGCCACCACUCUCGGAAUCAGAUGAACUGGUUGUCUCGGAAAUUCAUGGUGUACUAGCCAUGUUGAUUUCUGACAACCCAACAGCAUGGGCUCCUACAAUAAGUACUUGGACAUUGGAACUACUGGGUGAAAUCUCCAGUAAAUACUCGGGAAGGGCGCACUUUUCAACAAAUUUGAAUGAGACCUUACAACUCUGGAUGGCAUGUAGGGCAACUAGGACAUUGGUAGAUGUUAAUACUAAGUGUUUAUCAAGUCUUAUACACUCUGAUACAGAAGCUUGCAUUAGUGCUCUUUUAGACACAUCUGUUAAACAUUCACCACACUUUGAUUGGGUAGUUGCCCAUGUAGGUAGUUGUUUUCCAAACACAGUGAUAACAAGAGUAUUAUCAUGUGGUCUUAAAGAUUUUUGUCAAAACAAAUCUUAUGAUCAAGGUUGCAACUCCCCAAAACUCAAGUCAGUUGUUGGGAUAUUAGGACACUUAGCUGGUAGCCAUGUUGAAGAUAUUCGUAAAGCAAUCUUGAACAUGUUCAAUUGGAGUCUCCGAGAAACUUUUGAAGAUAAUGAUAUGAAUAGACUGCAGAAGAAGGCUACAGUUCCUUAUAUAUUACAACUCGUGUACCUAUCUUCCACACUGUUAUCUUCAAUAUGUACAGAUACAAAGAACAUUUUGACAGUAGAUGUGGUUACAAGGCUAUAUCAUUUUGUAGAACAUUGGUGCCGAUAUUUUGGAACACCCGAGGCAUUAGAAGAAUUGGUGACCACAUUAAUUUUACGGUGUGAAAAUGGGGGAGAGCAGAUAAUAAAACUCCUUUUAACUUGCAUUCAUUUAUCUAAAGUAAGAGGAAAUGAUCAAAUGAAAAAUGAGAUAGUGGAAAAAUCGAAGGAAAUACUUUCCAACAUUUUACAAGAAAUGGAUGAUUCAGUGAGGCAUGGCCACCCUGUAGGCCUCAUUUCAUCUUUCAUCAAAGAAACAAAUGAGCUGAAAAAAAUGUUGUUGAGUCCUGAAAAAAUUGUAUACGAAACAGCAGGACAGAUAGUAGUUUUUUUAGGUCACUUGAAUCCAUCAAGUUUGGUAAUGGCUACACAACAUUUGCUUCAAAAUGCAACUACUCAUGAUCAGUUAGUGUUGUUGCUGAAUUGCCUGACAAGCGAUCUUAUUGACAAAACUGCCCAACCGUAUUCAGAGAAAGGAGGACAUUUUUCGGUGGUACUGGAACAAAUAUUGAGUAGGCAUAUUCAGAAAUUUUUCACAUCAAAUGAGGAAAAUCUUGAUCUCUCACAGAUGUGGAAAAACCUACUAACAUUAUUGCGAUGGGAGAAAAGUGGCAGAGUAACCUGCCUCAAUUCUAGAAUUAUAUCGAGAACAAUAGAAUCCAACUUAACAAAUUUAACAUCGCUAUUCACCAGUGAAAAUCUUCAUAUGCAUAUAAUUGCUGAUAUUUUAGAUACCAUGGAAAUUCCUAAUCCAAAUGAAUCUUAUAGCCCAUCCCUUCAAGUUAUAUUGAAUCUGACCCAAUCCACUGUAAAUUAUUUCUUUGCCUGUUGUUAUGAUGAUGGAACUUCAAGAAAAUUAAAAGGAUUUAAAAAAGUUAAUCGAAUACUGAGAAGACUCUGUACCUAUUCCAUGGUUGCUAAAGUAUUGGCUUUAAGGGAACUAUUGGAAAGGGCAUUAUUCAGAACAGAUAAUGUUCUUUUUGGAGCUAAUAACAAUGAGCAUGACCAUGAAAGUGAAAAAAGCCUUCUGAAGCAAAAUAAAAAAAUAAAUAAAACCAUCCCUCUAACAAAGCAUUCGUCCGUUUUCAAUGGAGGAAUAAUAGGGACAGGCAAAAGAAAAUUGACUACUAAUAAUAAAAUACAUAGUCACGCCGUUGCAGAAAAUACAUACCAACUUAUAAAUGCUAUGAAAGCAUGUUGCACUCUACCAGAAGAAAAUAAAUAUAGCGACAUGUCCUGGGAUAGUAUGACUCUUUUAUCAUUAUUGCUGGUUCAGUUUGUAAGUCCUGACGUAAUGUAUAACGGAUUGCCAUGGCCUGAGGAAGAAUUUUCAAAGGUCACUAUGGAGAGAGAUCUGUUCAUCAGAAGAAUGUUUGCGAACACACCAUUGCUCUGGGAGUUAUUAAGCUUUGUAGCUGUAUAUCGCCCAGCCAUUUGUUACUGCUCCGUAUUAAUAAGGGCUCUGACCGCUACCCUGAUUCAUCAGUGGAAGAGCAUGGGGGAGCAGAGCAAAGACGAUAUAUCGGAGAAUUAUAAAUUAUUGAUGGAUACAACCGUGAAAGUUAUCGAUAUUAUGGCGUUAGGUCAACUGUUGCCUCCACCUUUAUCGAAUAUUCGUGAUGUAAUACCCUACUUGAAAUGCUAUGAGAUCGUCGCUGUACUGAGAGAAUGUGUUUGGUGCUACAUGAGGGACCAUAUACCUUCUCCUGCUUUGUUUGUUUGUGAUUCAAAUGGAGUACAUUGGAGGGAUCCCAUUACAGCCAGGCCGCCUGAAAUAUACACGAACACAUUGAGAAUUAUAAUGCAGAGAAACAUCAGGGUAUUGGGACAUAUGUAUGCACAAAUGUUCAUUAACGUACCAACACAUGAUUCAUAAAUUUUGUUUUACUAUAUAGAUAUAGAUCAGGAUGUCCAAAUGUUCUGCAACACAUCCAUU